AAGGAACAACUCGGAUGCUUUUCGCACGACUCUUCAGCUUUUCUACAUCAGGGUACCUUCCUUAUACGGGUUCACCUGGGCUGGCAUCCUCACCGACAUUUGCGCGAGUAAAGAGACGGAAAUCCGAGUCAGCCGUGUCUUGAAAGCAUAACACGGUCAUGAUAGACUUCCAGUUUCUGCGACAGCCGUAUGUUGAUGCUACUGAGUUUUACCACCUGUCUUUUCUUUUGUUGUGACCCUUCAUCGCCAGGUCCAUCCAUCUCUAACGAUGUCAUCAGAAAUGCCCACCAUGAUUAUGGCCAACCAGCAGCAAUUAGGUCAACGUCGGUUUGUGUGCUCCUCCCCGGAUGCCAGGGUGCAAGGGGGCGACGCUUGGACUCAACCGCCCCCAUUCUCUUAUCCAAGGUAAGGUACGUACCUGACCUUGCUAUCCCCAGGUCCCAGGGCCCACCACGCAAGCCAGAAAGCUCGUGCCUGCUCGCGUCACAUCGGAACCUUCCACAACCUGACGCUGGGACCAGCUCCAGCUUACCUCACCAAGCCAGGCACCUCGAGAGACUACACUAAGGUAGACCCCACCACAGCCGAUGCCCAAGCCUGUGAAUCCCCCUCCAGUGACAAUUCGAUUACAUAGACCCCGUCCGAACGUGCUGAAGCUUCUGGAAGUCAACC